GCCUUUUACCAUUGCAGAUCCAACUAUGCCUCACCCCUCUCUCUCUCCCUGACUGCGCCGCUGUGAUGGGAUGGAGUUCCGCGUCUCCCACGCCCUGCUGAACAAGCUCUCCUGUGCGGCAAUCGUCGCCACCUCCGUCGCCCUCAUCUUCCUCUCUACCACCCACCCUCGCACCUUCUGCAGUACCCCGCACCACCACCACCGACUCCCCGCUUCCUCCCGCUCCAGUCUCCUCCGUUUCCCCCGCUCCUCCUGCGAAGCCCGCCGCCGCGACGUCCUCUCCCCGGACCGCCGCGCCGAGCGUCUCCGCUCCACGCGCGAAUGGCGCCGUCGCGUUGAUUCGCUCGCCUCGCUUUUUCGAUCCCUCGCUUCCCGAGGUCUACUCCGCAAUAGCUCCCGCGCCCUCUGCGUCUCCGCCGGUGCCGGUCACGAGGUCGCCGCCCUCUCUGAGGGGACAGGCCUCGCUGACGUAACAGGCGUCGAGAUCGUCGAUUCACCUCCCCUCGUCAGCCGGGCCGACCCUCACAACCUCCCCUUCUUCGAUUCCGUCUUCGACUUCGCGUUCAGCGCUCGUCUUGCCGAUGCGCUUUUCCCGGCCAGGUUCGUGAAGGAAAUGGAGCGGACGGUCAGGCCCGGUGGCGUACUCGUCGUGACAUUGGAGAGGCCAUGCUCCGGAGAGACGAUGGGGGCUGUCAAGCUGCUCUUUGGGAAAUCGGAGGUGGUCAGUAUUACUAAUGCCACGUUGGUCGGAGUGGACGUGGUGGAGAUUGUGUUCAGGAAGAAGAUGCAUCCUUGAAAUGGGAAGAACUUCUGUUUGUAUCCGUCAUUCCGAUUCCUUGUACAUCUUAUUCAUUAUUUGAUUUCCAUAAACAGAAAAUUAGUUCGAAUUUGUGCAAUUGGAAUGGUUUUCUUUGUGAA